UGUUUGACAUGAUUUAGGUGUUCCUGCUCCGGCAGGGGGAUUGGACUAGAUGAUCUUUCAAGGUGCCUUCCAAUCCCUAACGUUCUGUCAUUCUGUGACUGUGCAUCACUGCACAUUCAUCCUGCCCAGAGAAGGCUCAGGGGGAUCUUAGCAACGUCUAGACACCCCCAAAGGGAGGAUGCAAAGAAGACGGAGCCAGGCUCUUGGCAGCAGUGCCCAGCAGGCGUCCAGCUCUAGGUGUCCCUGCUUGGGCGGGGGGGGGUUGAAGCAGAUGACCUCCAGAGGUCCCUUCCAUCCCCAACCCUUCUGGGAGCUUCCUGCUGGCUAAAAAACAGGCCCUUUUGAUACCACGGAGGGUUCAUAGGAUGGCGUAGAACGCCACCACUUCAGGUAACCAUUGAGGCGCUGUUCAUUUCUCUCAUCCUUCGAGACAGACAAGAGGUGGUCAUGUUCCUGGUUUUCUCUAAACAACCCUAGAUUUCUCAUGCACGUUCCCACUUUCUCUGGCCAAUUUCCACCUUCCCAGGCGAUAAGUUGUUCCUCACUUUCUUCUUGCGUCCUUCUCAAUGGUGAAACGCAAAAAGCCACGUAACUUUCCAAGGCUCGUUUUGGGGAAUUAGAAAGCAGGUAUUGUUUCUUAACGGCGCUUUCUUAACUCCCUUCAGGUUAUUGUUCCAUAUUUUGUGUUCUAUACUCGUCGUUUCCAUGCUCUCUUCAGGAUGUGUCCAACGCUCGGGUGUCCAGCUGCACGUCAAGGACAUCCCUGGCUCCCAGGGGCAGGUCCCAGGCCGCAGGCCGACCUCCUGGCCUGGACCCCAGCCUGGCAGGCGUGGCUCCUGUCAGCGUGGAGCAGCCAUCUCACGUCAGCAUUGUCUCACCGCAGCCAGGAGACCUCUGGCGGUGCUGACAUCAGGGGCACCUCGAGACCCUUGUGAUGCCACCACACAGUCACUGUCGCCCUACGGCCUCACAAAAGGUGGCUGGCUAUAAGAGCCCUGAGCGGCGCGCCUGCGGCCAGUCCGGCUGGUGGUACUCGAGAGCUCGACGUGCCAUUGCUGGAAGGAGCGAGGCGGAGGUGUUGCACGAGGCACACGCAAAGCCAUUCUUUUUGCACACUAGCCAUCGAGGUUCUUCGUCCUGCUGGUGGCACGCGAGGCGUCGAGGUGAAGCCAGCGAGACACGAAGCGUCGAGGUCCUGCCGGCGACCCGCAGCGGAGGUGCUGAGGACCAGAGGCUGCUGAUAACCACCUGGCCCCGGGGCAGCCUACCACAGGGGACAACCAACUCCACACCGCGGCAGCUGCAGGCACCAUGAACCAUCAGGAGCAGCCAGAGGAGGAGGCCCCUGGGGACGAGACGUGCCCCAUCUGCCUGGGCCGGCUGUCCAGCACGGCUCGUGUGGACCCCUGCAGGCACUCCUUCUGCCUGGGGUGCAUCCUGCCCUGGGCCACUCGAAGAGCCACCUGCCCACUGUGCCGCGGGCGUAUUGGGACCAUCGCACUCGUGGUGCCGCCCGCCCAGCACGACGCCUCGCCCCGCCGGGGAUUGCAGCGCAACGCGGGGCUGGAGCGGCAGCAGCAGCAGCAGCAGCGGCAGAGGAGCCCCUCCAGCUACCGCUCCCGCAGCGUCUCGCCACGGCGCAGGGAGCGCAGCCCCGCCGAAGCACGACGGCUCGUCCGCAGCCGCUCCUGGCACUCGGAGCAGGACGGGCACAGGCUGCCACGGUCCCUGCAGUACCCCGACGCCGAGGACAUAGCCGAGUACAUCGCCUGGCUACGUCGGGUCCAACUGGAGGAGCCGGGGUCUGGCGACCACGCGGGCCGCCACGCCAGGCCCCGCAACUGAGCAGCGACCGGGCCUCACCUGGGGACGGGCUGGGGGUGGCAGCCACAAUUACCCCAGGAAUAAAUUAUGACUUUUCCACCCUGCAAAGCCUCUGCCUCCACUUCUUCCUGCAUAGGUCAGCGGGGAGGCUGAACGCAG